GAUAGAACCAUUCUCCCGCUACAUUGGAGACCAAGUCAGAACUCAUAAUUUGUCAUUAGCUAAGAACUUUUCAAUGCUAAUCUAGUAAUCUUUUCUACUAUCAUUAAAUAUUAGUGUCAUCUUUUAUAUUUUUCCUUUUGUUGUAGUCUUCAACCAGGAGAAGAAAUUAAAGUACCUUGCUAUUGAAGUUUAGAUAUUUAACAGGUGUGGUGAUUUCUGCUUUUCUGUGGGAUGAAGUAUUUUUCAAAGGGUUUUCUUUGCUUUCUGUUCUGCUGCUGUUUUCUAUUGGCUUCUAGUCAGAGAACUGAUCCUACUGAAGUUGACACAUUGAGAAUCAUAUGGAACCAUUUGGUAGAUAUUAAUGGAAAUUUGAGCAACUGGAAUCGCGGAGACCCUUGUAGUUCGAAGUGGACAGGGGUUAUGUGCUCUACAGUUGAUGGCUAUCUACAUGUUCAACGAUUGCAUCUAAUGAAUAUGAGCUUGGCUGGAAGAUUGGUACCUGAGAUUGGAAACUUAUCUCAUCUGGAAAUAUUGGACUUUAUGUGGAACAACAUAAGUGGACCUAUUCCAAAAGAAAUUGGCAAUAUCAAAACUUUGAGACUCUUGCUCUUGAAUGGAAAUCAAUUAACAGGUCAUUUGCCAGAAGAGCUUGGAUAUCUCCCAGUCUUGAACAGAAUACAAAUUGAUCAAAACAAUAUUACAGGACCAAUACCUUUAUCCUUUGCAAACCUGACAAAUGCAAAACACUUUCACAUGAACAACAAUUCACUUAGUGGACAAAUUCCAUCACAGCUUUCUGGCUUAAGAAACCUUCUUCACCUUCUUCUUGACAACAACAAUUUAUCAGGACACCUCCCAGAUGAACUUGCUGAGAUGCCAAGCCUAAAUAUACUUCAACUUGAUAACAAUAACUUUGGUGGAAAUAGCAUUCCAGAUUCUUAUAGCAACAUGUCAAAGUUGUUGAAAUUGAGCCUUAGGAACUGCAACUUGACAGGACCGAUUCCUGAUUUAAGCAGGAUACCGCACCUUGGUUAUCUUGAUCUCAGUUUCAAUCAAUUGAGUGAAUCUAUUCCUAGUAAUAAGCUAUCUGAAAAUAUCACAACCAUUGAUUUAUCAAAUAAUAAGCUUAAUGGAACUAUUCCUUCUAGCUUUUCUGAUCUUCCUCGUCUUCAGAAAUUGUCAAUUUCAAACAAUGAACUGAGCGGCGAUGUUCCCUCUUCCAUUUGGCAGAACAAGACUUUAAAUGGAACAAAAAAGCUUUUCUUGGACAUGAAAAAUAACCGACUUACGAGCAUAUCAGGCAGCAUAUCAAAUCUUCCUUCAAAUAUCACAAUCCUGCUUGAGGGGAAUCCUAUAUGCUCAAAUAACAACAAUACCGUAGUUCAAUUCUGUGGAACUGAAACUGAAAAUGAUAUGAAUGGUAACUCCAUUAUUAUCUGUCCAACUCAACCAUGCCCUCCUCCAUAUGAAUACUCUUUGGAGUGUGUCUGUGUAGUGCCGUUGCUCGUUAAUUAUCGGUUAAAAAGUCCCGGAUUUUCAGAUUUCAAUGCAUAUGUAGAAGACUUUGAAAGCUUCUUAACAAGUGGUCUUAACAUAGAUAGUAAUCAGCUAUUCAUUAAUAGUUUUGUGUGGGAAGACGGUCGAUUGAGAAUGUACUUGAAGCUUUUUCCAGUUUCCGUUGAUAAUACAACCCGUCAUACUUUCAAUCAAAGCGAGGUUAUUCGGUUAAGAGACAUGUUCAGAGAAUGGGAUAUUCAUGAGAGUGACUUGUUUGGACCUUAUGAACUUCUUGACUUUGUUCUCCUCGAUCCUUAUAAAGACAUAACUGUCUCCUCUUCAAGUUCAGGAAUAAGCAAAGGUGCAUUGGUUGGAAUUGUCUUAGGUGCAAUUGCAUGUUCAGUUACAUUAUCUGUAAUUGUUGCUAUUCUUAUAUUUAGAAUACGUUUGAAAGAUUACCGUACACUUUCCACACGGCGUAAAAGUAAAACUUCUAAGAGCUCAAUAAAAAUUGAUGGUGUAAGAACAUUCAAUUAUGAAGAAAUGGCUUUGGCUACGAACAAUUUUAGCCAAUCUGCUCAGGUUGGACAAGGCGGGUAUGGGAAGGUUUAUAAAGGAAAUCUACCUGAUGGAACUGUUGUUGCCAUUAAACGUGCGCAAGAAGGAUCACUACAAGGUGAGAAGGAGUUUCUUACAGAAAUACAACUGUUAUCGAGGUUACAUCAUCGCAACCUUGUGUCUCUGAUUGGUUAUUGUGAUGAAGAUGGUGAACAGAUGCUGGUUUAUGAAUAUAUGCCAAAUGGAACACUAAGGGAUCACCUUUCUGCUCAUUCUAAAGAACCUCUUAGUUUUCCCAUGAGAUUGAAGAUUGCUCUAGGAUCAGCCAAAGGUCUUGUAUACCUACACACAGAGGCUGAUCCUCCAAUAUUCCACAGAGAUGUCAAAGCUAGCAACAUAUUAUUAGACUCGAAAUUCAUAGCAAAAGUUGCUGAUUUUGGACUUUCAAGACUAGCUCCAGUUCCAGAUAUUGAAGGCAAUUUGCCUAAUCAUAUAUCUACAGUUGUAAAGGGGACCCCGGGUUACCUUGAUCCGGAGUACUUUUUAACUCGCAAGUUGACCGAUAAGAGUGAUGUUUAUAGUCUUGGUGUUGUAUUUCUGGAAAUUGUGACUGGAAAGCCACCAAUCUUCCAUGGUGAAAAUAUUAUUAGACAGGUUAAACUGGCAUUUGGAUCAGGUGGAGUGUUUUCGAUUGUUGAUAACCGAAUGGGAUUUUACACUUCUGAGAUUGUGGAAAAGUUUUUAACAUUGGGUUUAAAGUGUUGCAAAGAUGAACCAGAUGAAAGGCCUAAAAUGACAGAAGUAGCUAGAGAACUUGAGAACAUAUUAGCUAUGAUGCCUGAGUACCAUGCCAAAAAGGGAAGUGAAUACGAUACAAGUGAUUCUGGAACAACAUUUAGUUCACAACCUUCAUCAUCUACUAUAAAGAAUCCUUUUAUUUCAGAAGAUAUCUUGGGUAGUGACCUUGUUAGUGGAGAUGUACCUACCAUUAGACCAAGAUAGAUGUUGAAAAGAAUAUUGUUUGUGUAAAUAUGGUUUUGAUGAUAUGAGAAUCACAUUGGCUUGUAAAUUGAAUAGUGCAAAUCUUUUAAUACUUCCCUAUUGUAAGAAAAAUUGACAAAGAAAAAUGGCUUGUAAGUUGUAACUCAAUAAAUAAAUAAAUAAUCAAACAAAUAAAUGCGAAAAGUGAAAUGUUUUUUUUUACACAAAUAUGAACACAGAUACCAUAUACUAU